CGAUCAAAUGUACUUGGUAGUAACAUUAGAAGAGGCAAUCGGGUCACCAAGCAGGUAAGCCCUGCCUUAGCUUAGGCAUUUGGAUGGUUUUCUCUGACGUGUGUCAGAGCAGACAUCUGGCUACAUGCCAAAUAGCAAUGCAGAAAUACCGGGGAGAACGUUUUCACUACAUCCGUGCUCAGACUGUUCCCCUUUUCGCUGCAGGCUCUCUCAGGAGCGCACCUCUCCUUUCUAGGGCUACCCUGGGUAUGGCGGGUGAGGAAGCUACACGCAGGCAGGCUCCAAUGGCUGACUCGGCUCCCGCUGGCUCUGGAGAGGCACAGAAGAAUAAGGCAGGAUGGAUGUCUAUGACCCUCAGAUGCCGAAUGUCGUGCUCUUUGGAGGUCUGAUGGUGGUAUCAGCCAUCGGGAUCUUCCUGGUGUUCACCUUCAUGGAGAAGGUCCUCCGUCCUUCUGAGGAAGCCUUGGCCAAGCAAGGCAAAGGGCUUAAGAAGACUCAGCAGAAGGAAAAAGAGAAAAAGAAGAAAGAGGAAGCUGUUGAGAAAAAAGGAAAAGGAAAGAAAAAUCAAGAGAAACCUAAUGGACAGGUCCCAGAGGCGCACCAAAGUGCUCCAGUGGUCAGCUCUGUCACCAUAAAGAAAAGCAAUGUUCUUCCAGCCCAUGAGGAGCAGAAGCAUAAUGGACCUGUCAAGAAGGUGGCUGCAUCCAAGAAGAAGAGCGAGCCAGCACCUGCGGACUCGGAUGGGCCCCUCCACCUGCCCUACAAGACGCUCGUGUCCACGGUCAGCAGCACGGUGUUCGGCGAGGGGGAGGCCCAGCGGCUCAUCGAGAUCCUGACGGAGAAAGCGGGCAUCGUCCAGGACACGUGGCACGCGGCCAAGCAGAAGGGUGACCCUGUCACUGUCCUGAAACGCCAGCUGGAGGAGAAGGAGAAGCAGCUCACCACCAAGCAGGAGGCUGCAGCCGCUGCCAGAAACAAGGUGGAGGAGCUGAGCCAGGAGCUGGCGGCCGAGCGGGCCAAGGCGACGGCCGUGGAGGGCAAGCUGAAGGAGCAGCUGCUGGCCCGCGAGCAGGAGAUGGCAGCGGUGCAGGCACGCGUGCAGGCCAGCUACCAGGACCAUGUCAGCGAAACGCAGCAGCUGCAGGGCAAGAUCCGCACCCUGCAGGAGCAGCUGGAGAAUGGCCCCGACACGCAGCUGGCUCGCCUGCAGCAGGAGAACUCCAUCCUGAGCGAUGCCUUCUGCCAGAUCAGAAGUCAGAUGGAGAGCAAGCAAAACGCUGAGGUGGCCAGGUUACAGGAGUGGUGCGGCAAGCUGAUGAACGAGCUGUCUGAGAAGUCAGAGGUGCUGCGGCAAGAGGAGCAGCUGAGGAAGAGCUGGAAGAUGAAAGUGGCGGCCUUGGAGAGGCAGAUGGAGCAGCUGCAGGAAAAACUAGGAAAAAAAAAAAAAAGAAAGAACCGGGGCCAGGCAGCAAGCGAACUACAGGAGCGACUGAAGGUUACCCGGGACCAACUGGCCAAAGGGAGACUGAAGAAGUGUAAAGAACAGCUUCAGGAAACGGUACUUGUGGUGGCCGCAGCCAUCCCUCCCCUUGGUGCUGGUGGAGGGCAGGGGGAAGCGCGUGUCAGGCAGUGGUUGAAAACCGGAGACAAGGUGGCACUUGCUGCCAGAAACCAUCUGGGUGGCUUUUGGGAAGCUCUGGGAGCACAGGAGAUGGUGGCCAUGGUUCUCCCUUCUCAAAAGGCAGGACCUGGCCCAUCUGUGAAACGCUUUGAUGCUUGAGCUGCCACGAGGAUAAGGUUGAGAGCCAGUUGAGUAACCCACCUCUCUUU